UCCUAUAAGUGCCCCUUCUACUCCACCUUCCUCACUCUCCCUCUCUUUUCUUCGGAUUUCGGACUGAGAUCUCCGUUCCAGCAGAUUUCUACCGGUGAAAUCGGAGGCAGGAGCUUUAACGGAAUGGCUUUGACGUUGAACUCCGGCGACGUUGCCGGAUUCAAGGUUCUCUUCUCGCUGGUAAUCCUCUAUGGACUCGUAUCAUUCCUAGCCUACUCAGUCCUCCACAUGAAGUUCAUCACGCCUCUCGGCAUGGAUGCCUCCCUCGACCGAUUCUCCGAAGCCCGAGCCGUCGAACACGUCCGCGUCUUAGCCAAAGACAUCGGCGGCCGACAAGUAGGGACUCCGGGUUUGAGACAAGCCGCGGAAUACAUAAAAACGGAGUUGGAGACCUUGAAGAAGAGAGCUGGACGCAAUGUUAGAGUGGAGAUUGAAGAGACCGCAGUCAAUGGUUCUUUCAGUAUGAUCUUUUUAGGUUACAGCAUCUCUUUUACUUAUAGGAACCUUACUAAUAUUAUUAUGAGAAUCUCAUCAGUUCAAUCAGGAGAUAAUGACCCAUCAGUGUUAGUAAAUGGCCACUUUGAUACUACACCUGGUUCUCCAGGUGCUGGUGAUUGUGGCUCAUGUGUAGCUUCGAUACUAGAAUUAGCCAGGGUUACAAUUGAUUCUGGUUGGAUUCCUCCUAGACCAGUUAUAUUUCUAUUCAAUGGUGCAGAAGAACUCUUUAUGCUGGGCUCACAUGGGUUCAUAACAACACAUAGAUGGCGUGAGACAAUUGGAGCAUUCAUAAAUGUUGAGGCUUCUGGAAUAGGAGGGUCUGAUUUAGUGUGUCAAUCUGGACCUAGCACUUGGCCUUCACAAGUUUAUUCACAGGCAGCUUUAUAUCCUAUGGCAAAUAGUGCAGCUCAGGAUGUUUUUGGUUUUGUUCCUGGUGAUACAGAUUACAGAAUGUUUGCUCAAGACUAUGGCGAUAUUCCUGGAUUGGAUAUUAUCUUUCUCCUGGGGGGUCGUUUUUAUCAUACCUCCUCUGAUACUGUUGAAAGACUAUUACCUGGAAGCCUGCAAGCACGUGGGGACAAUUUGGUCAGUCUGAUAAGAGCAUUCACCAACUCCUCUGAACUUCGGAAUGCACAUGAACGAAAAUUGCAUACAGCUUCUCAACAUGGAUUAGUUGAUGAGCGUGCAGUUUUCUUCGAUUUUUUCUCUUGGUUCUUGAUAUUCUACACAAGAAAAGCUGCCAUCCUGCUUUAUAGUGUUCCUCUUGCUAUCUUUCUUUUUAUGCCGCUUCUCUUACGUUUUCGGACUUGGGGAUUGACCUGUUCUUUUGCUACCCUUUUUGAUUAUAUUAAAGGAUUGCUAUAUCAUGCUGUUGGACUUGUUCUUGCAAUUGUGGUUCCUAUUAUUUUUGCUGUCAUGAGAUUAUUAUUUUCUGGGACUUCAAUGAACUGGUAUGCAAAUCCAUAUCUGGCAUUUGGAAUGUUCGUACCUUUCUCUCUUAUUGGUUUGUUGAUUCCAAGAUUUGCUUGGGGACAUUUUCCUCUAUCUCAAAAUCUCUCUCUUCUUGGAUUAUCAAAUCAGCAGGAAUUGGUUACUGAAGCUAGAUUUUGGGGGGCUUUUGGAUUUUACUCCAUAGUGACAUUGGCAUACCUUGCAGCUGGACUGAAUGGAGGCUUCUUGACUUUUCUUAUUUUAGUUUUCAUGAUUCUUGCUUGGAUUUCCUUCUGCCUUUGUAACAAGGAUUUUGGUCAUGAAUCACUCAGGUCAACUGCAUCUUAUGUAAUCCCUGCAAUACCUUGCGUGAUGUAUGCGGCUUACUUUGGUGGGUUUCUGGCUAUUUUUCUGAUUGAGAAAAUGGGCAUGUCUGGCUCUCAUCCAUCUUAUCUGUAUGGUUAUUUUAUUCCAGAUGUGAUAGUCGCAGCUACAAUUGGGGUUAUAAGUGGUUGGUGUAUUGGGCCUCUUAUACCUGUUGUUGGCCAACACUUAGCCAGGAAAUCCAUAAUGCAGGUCCUGCUGCACAUUGGUAUCAUUACAAUGGCUGUGGCAUCACUGGUCUUUCCAUACAGCACUGAGGCGCCUAAAAGAGUUGUUUUUCAACAUACAAUUUGGAAUGCAGAUUCCAGUCAAAUUAUGAGUGCCAGCUAUGAUUUUGCUGCAAUUGAUUCCAACUCUAUGUUUUUUGUCUUCAAGCAUGCACCUGAAUUGGCAAAUGAACUGGGGACUAAUACAGAAUUAUCUUUUCAUAGUGUUGAUAAGUCUCACCCAGAUGACUGGAUGGGAAUUUUCCCAGUAUCUUUCCUCUUUUCAACAAGUUUUAAGUUCCCUACAAAGCCUGAUUUCAUCCUGAAUCAGUACAAAAGCUUUCCACAUUUAUUUGCUCACAAGCCUCAGAAGCUUCUUGGUGGUGGCACUCGUAGAAUUUACUUGGAGUUCUCCUUGGGUUCCUUGAAGGAAGUCUGGGUUUCAGUUUUUAAUAUCACAGGUCCAUUAUCCAGUUGGUCUUUUGCAAAUAACAAACUUCCAGCUCCUGAAAGGGAUGGUAAUGGUCCCCCUUCAUAUAUAUGUAGAUUGAGCGGUGCAAGUAGUGAAAAUUGGACAUUCUGGUUGGAGGCAAGUAGCUCAGGAAACAUAAGGGUUGAAGUGGGUGUAAUCGAGCAGCAUCUAACAGAACAACAAUUGAAGUUGAAAGGACUUUUUCCGAAUUGGAUGGAUGUCACUGCAUACACCAGUUUUAGGUCAACCUAUGUGUUCUAGUUUGUAACAGAUUUCUAUUUCCCUUAUACUAUAGAGAUUUUAAUACAAACUGUAGUACAGAUUUGUUUCUUACCCUCAAAUCUGAUUCCAGGUGCCUCUUGAUAUUAUCUAGGUUUUUUUUUUUUUUUUUUUUUUCAUAUUAAAGGCUGUUAGUCAGACUUGUGCAUUUGGGACAAUAUAGAAAUAAAAAUAUUUUAAAGUUUUGAAA